GGGGUGAGGAUGGCGAGGGAUUGGAUCCGGGGCAACCACAACAGACAGGGAGGAUGGUUGAGGAGCCGGAGACAAGGCCGGUAAGGCUCCACGGGGACAGACGGGGCGCAGGGAGGGACAAACCUCCUCUCAGGCGCCGGGAGAGGGACCUUCUCCUCCUCGGGCUCCCGAGGCCUCGCUUGGGUUAAAAUAUGAAGAAAUGUCUUUGGAAUAAAGCUGCACAAGCAUGGCCUGCAGGCCAGAAAUCUGGAUUAAUUUGGACCUGAGUGUUAAUAGACUUUUGCUUGGCAGAAAUACAGAGGAAAUAAAGGAGCAAAUGUAUCCAGUUUUCUGCACAUCAUGCCAGCCAUCUGCAUGGGGAAAGGCCAAAUGCAAGAGGCGAUAACCCCGACUAACCUUAGUCUUGAAGAUUACACUGAAACUGACUCCCUUCAGAACAUUUCCUCUCCUUCCUUGUUUUCUACUUGGUGUCAAAUUGGAUUGCAUCAAGGCUAUAACUUUUUCCCCAAAUUGGGUCUGUAAAUACACUGCUAUGGGCUGAUUCUUUGCCUCUUUGAAACAAGAAAUUGUUGUUUUUUUGUCUAUGUACUUUAAAGUGCAAUCCAGCAUCCUUACCAGUAUUCUGCAUUUGAUAUCUAUUUUUCUGCGUGUUUCUUACUGGUGAUGCUUCUGCCUCCAUACUGGUGCAGUUUUUGGCUGACCAAAAUUAUGCCUUGAGAGCGGCUGCAGUGUAAGAAUAGCCAUGACGGAACCUCACAGGGUCCAGCUCACUCCUCUCUCAGGACCUCUGAGCACCACUUUACUGAAAAAAGCACGUCGGGAAGAUGCUGCAGGAACGGAGCACAUGCAGGAAGCGGAACCUACGGCUGCAGCCGUUCGCAUUGCCCUAGCCCUCUUUGAACCGGAUCACAAGCGCUGUCCGGAGUUCUUUUAUCCUGAACUAUUGAAGAAUUCACGUGGAAAAGGGAAGAGCAGUUCUGCUGGAGAAAAGAAGAGAGACCUUGCUGAUCCCUUCAAUGAUGAUGAAAAAGAGAAGCACAAAGUGGAAGCACUUGCCAGGAAGUUUGAAGAGAAAUACGGUGGAAAGAAGCGCCGGAAAGACCGUGUUCAGGAUUUGAUUGAUAUGGGCUAUGGAUAUGAUGAAUCUGAUUCCUUCAUUGAUAAUUCUGAAGCAUAUGAUGAGCUUGUUCCGGCAUCAUUAACAACCAAGUAUGGAGGCUUUUACAUCAACUCUGGAACCCUUCAGUUCCGACAGGCUUCAGAAUCGGAAGAUGACUAUAUCAAAGAGAAAAAGAAGAAAUCUCCUAAGAAGCGGAAAUUGAAAGAAGGAGGUGAGAAGAUGAAGAAGAAGAAAAAGGAUGAUUCUUAUGACAAGGAAAAGAAAUCUAAAAAAUCUAAAUUUCCUAAAACUGGGUUCACAGCUCUAAAUGCAAGCAAAGAGAAGAAGAAGAAGAAAUACUCGGGCUCCCUGAGUGUCAAAGAAAUGUUGAAGAAAUUUCAAAAGGAAAAGGAUGCUCAAAAAACACGGGAUCAUGAGCCGAAGCUCGCUGUCCCUUCUCUGCCAGAGACUCCAACCUCACGGGAAGUGGAGAGCAUGCCGGACCCUCUCCUCUCCCUCUUUGGCCCCACCAGCGACAACGAGCUGCUUCAGGCAGCCACGGCCAUGGACUCCCUAUCGGACCUCGACCUCGAAAAGAUACUGUUUGAAUGUCCAGAAGAGAGCCGCUUUCACGACAUGGAGGAUGGGAGCGACUCCCUCGGAGUGAGCCUGGAGCAGGAGGUCAAGCAACCCCUGGCCCUUCCAGACGGACUCCCGGCGUCCCUAGAGAAGCGCAUCGAGGAGCUGACUCAGGCUGCAAAAGCUGCAGAAGGAGAAGGCAGGCACAAAUUCUUCAACCAGGACAUGAAUAGCAUUUUACUGGAUAUAGAACUACAAACGCGGGAGCUGAACAGCCAGGUCCGAUCCGGGGUUUAUGCUCACCUGGCCUCCUUCCUGCCUUGCAACAAGGACACCUUGCUCAAACGGGCCCGCAGGCUUUACCUUUGUGACCAGGGUGGUCGACUGAAGGAGCCCCUUCAAAAAUUAAAAGAAGCCAUUGGCAGGGCAAUGCCAGAACAGAUGACCAAAUUCCAGGAAGAAUGCCAGGCACACACUCAAGCCAGGUUUGCCAAGAUGCUGGAAGAGGAGAAGGACAAGGAGCAGAGAGACCGGAUUUGUUCUGAUGACGAAGAUGACGAUGACAAAGGAGGGAAGCGGGUCAUGGGACCCCGGAAGAAGUUCCAGUGGAAUGAUGAAAUCAGGGAUUUGCUCUCCCAAGUGGUGAAGAUGAAACUGGAGGCCUAUGACCAUGAAAAGAACAAAGCUCAGCCAAUGGAGGAUUAUGUAAAGAACUUCCUAGAUGCGGAAGUCAAAUCUCUUUGGCCGAAGGGCUGGAUGCAGUCCAGAACAUUGGCCAAGGAGAGCCGGCGAGGGCACAGUUACCUGACGUCACUCCCAACCAAGAAGAAAGUUGUGGCACCUCCAAAGGUGAAGGGGAAGGAGUCUCCUGGCAAGCCGGAUAAGAAGGUGGCGCUUCCUGUCUCGAUUCACGCAAGUGGCAUGGUUCCUCCAGAGUCGCAAGGAAUGAUGGUUGGCCUCAGCACUCAGACCAGGGAGCUCCUGGCGAUGAGUUCGGCCCCAGCUUCCAGCAGCUCAGUCACGCCAGCCGCCUUCAGUAUGGAUGACUCUUUGGACGAGGACAUAAUCCAUAAUGCUGCCUCCUCCCUGGAAGCCGUCUCUAAGGAACUGGCUGUCCUGAACAGCCAGACAGGUGGAAGUCCUGACUUCACCCUUCCCGUGAUCCCAAAGACUCCCUCGGAGAAGCCCCCAAUCCAAGUCCCCGUGGAAGAGAAGAGGUCCUUUUCCAAACCCAACCCCUCGCCCGUCCCUCCGACUUGUGGCAGCUCCCUGCAGUCCCCCCUCAACUUCCUGGCGGAGCAGGCCUUGGCCUUGGGCCAGGCCCCUCCAGAGAAGAAGGCCGAGAACUCCAGUUACAAAGACCCGUCCUGCCAGGCUCCCUCCGCCAAGGCCCCAGAGGCCCACCAGGCAAAGCUGAAGCAUCACAGCCUUCCGCGGACUGUUCACGGCCCCCAGACAUCCACCUCUGUGCAGAUGCCCCAGGUGAAAGUGUUUUCCAUAGGGGCUCAGCCGCCAAAGGCUUUCCCCACAUCACCCCCCUUUGUGAAGCUGCAGGGAUCUAAGGCUGUCUCACUGGUCCCCCAGCGCCCCCUCCUCCAGCCAUCGCAGGCGAAGACACCCCUCAAAACAACAAGCUUUCACUCUUCCGCCUCUUCGACCAUCUCCCUAGGAUCUUCCGGCUCCCAUAAGACCCCUGGCCCUGCCGCCAUGUCCCUGACCUACGCAGGAAAGCACCUGAGCAACUCUGGCGCCUCAGGACAAUCGUUCAAAUCGCCCUUUGUGGCCCUUUCCAGGCACAUGGCUUCUCCCAGUGGCUCGCCAUUGACCAUUUCUGCAAACCAGAGCUCAAGCAGUUUGCUGACAGGUGCCUGUCUUCCCUCCUCCGGGCAGGCCCCCAGUCGCUCCUCGCCCAGCCCCAUGGUGAAGAAGACUCUCGUCUCCCAAAAGCUGACGUUGGUUGCUCCGCCGGGGGGGCCGAAUGUCAGUUCGAGCGGAGGGACCCAAGGGGUGGCCAAGCUGCUGACCUCCUCCCUGAAGCCUGCUGUGAUCAGCAGCACUGCCUCCUCUACCUCUGUGCCAAAGGGAGCUAGCGGAGCAGUGCUGCUCACCAGUUCGCCCUCCUUGAACGUCCUCUCGACCUCCUACAAGCCCAGCAACCCCAAGCUACCUGCGGCCCUCAGCUCUACCCCACUGGGAAUCAUCUCGCCCAUCCAUUCCUUCCCUCUUCAUGUCAUUUCCUUCAGCUCCGAGUCGCCGCCCAAAGCGGGGGUGUCGAAGGAUGCUAUCGUGACCGGACCAGCUCCAGGGACUUUUCACCAUGGUCUGGCCCACAAUCCAUCUCAGCUCCAUGCAAAAGGGUCCAAUGUACAGCCCCGGAAGUUGUGACAGCUCUGAAGGGGGCCCACCAUGUGAGACUGUGUGAUGGGCACACGGCUCUUUGUCUUGCUAUUCUGACUCAAAACAGAGCCCAGCUGGAGGCUCCUUGUAACUUUGUGGACCAGGAGUUUUCCUAUGAGGCUGUGUGCCUAACCUAUGGAAAGGAAGCGCUUACAGGGCCCAGUUGUGGCCGCUGCUCUUGCUUCGCCUCCUCCUUUUUGCCCAGGCAGAGGAGGGAGUGAUCCAGGCAAGUUUGUACAAGCCAAGCACUAGCAGAGUCUCUCUGGAUCCAAUUACCUCCUCCUUGAUAUUACAAACGGAUUGCAGGAAGAUGUUUGUUCCUUCCUUGGGCUGACUGAAGCCCAGCAAAGAAAUUGACUGACUCAUAUGCCAUAUCCCUCCCUCCCCCCCUUUCCAACACACACUUUUUGUGACAGUACUGUGCUCAUGGUGACUGGAAGGUGGUUUCCUCUGUGGCCACUUUGCCAAGCCCAUCAGGUCCUCUCCGAAGGAAGUCUGGACAGGCCUCAGGAUGCACUCAUGAACACUGAGCUGGAUUCGUGACUUUCUUUUUCCUUUCUUUUUUGCUUCUCUGCCUGGUCUAGGCUCCAUUCUCUGUUCCUUAGGCCCACCCUGUCAUUACCCCUGAAUAUCUUGGAUCAGACAAAAAACCCUUCUCCACCCGCAUGUCAUUGUGUUUAACGGAGCUGUAAUUUCAGUGCCUUUUUAUGGUGGAGCAAGAGUGCAAAACGUCUCAAGCUUUUGUGGUGGGUGAGCUCCCUAAAGCUUUUUCUUUUUGUCUCCUUUGGCAUUGUUUUUCUUUUUUGGAGAUGCAUUGGGCAUUAUUAGAUAGAUGAGUGUUUCUGAGGUGGCAAGGCAGACUCAGACAGGUCAGAUAACCAAUGCUAAGUGAUGUGACUCGAGUUUCCCUUCUAAAAUCACUGCCCUGGAACCAGAGUUUAGCUCAGGAUCAAAAUGACUUGCCAGAACAAGCUGUUUUCUGACUAAUAAUGUAAAUGGGAAGUCAGGGGCUGCAGGAGGGAAAUUCCAGCAAUUGCCAGCUUUGCAUCGGGGAUUAGGACAGAGCUGCCCCUUGAACACCAUGCCAGUCCAGUGACUGCAAAAUGGGCUAGGGCUUAUUUUGCUCCCUGUAUCUGAAAUUGCCUUGCAGCCCAGCUCUUUGGGGUGCAUUACAAUGGUGGGGGUUCAGUGUGAAUCUUGGCAUGCAAAGUUUGUCUUGGAAGUCUUCAAUAGGCCCUACCUCUCCUAUCAAGGCUCCAAGGCUGGUACCUAGAUAGGUUUUAUAGGUUCCUUGGUUCCAAGGACCAUAUCCCUCACAGACAUGUUCCCUUGGCAUGUUCUGGCGAGGAAAGAUGCAAGGAAUCGCUGGGGGAAUGUAGGUAACAUACAUGAUACACAACCCUCCAUACGGAAGCCUUCUGCAAAAGCCUACUUGCAGUAAAUAUAUCUUAAUAGAAUGAAAAUCAUGCUCAGCCGUCUGGUUGCCAGUUGGCUAACUCUUUUUUGAAACUGGUAUGACCCAGUAACACCCUGUCUUCAAAACAUUAUCAGCUUAAAUUGGGAGUUGUUUCUGAUCAUGAUCCGUACCAUUUGUUCUUAAACCCCAGGUUGCUUAUUGUCUCUCUGAAAGUACAUGAUCUUCAACUCUUAUUUGGAUUGUGUCUUCUAAACAAAGCUUGGAGAGCCGUUCUUUCUAUGGACCUACCAGUUUUGGAUGCCGGGUAAACAUAAGCAAAAAACACUCAUCUCUUAUGCAUUUCUUUCAGACAAAAUGGAAUUGGAGGCUUAUUUAUCUCCAUGGGAUUUAUGUUUUAAGCCGAUAAAUGUAAAAACAAUUUAAGUUACAGAAGAGCCAAAGACCAAGUCUGAAGGUUACCAGUUUUGAAUCAUGGAGGUGUUAGCAGAGAAGGGUGCUUUGGGGGUUCGCUUUGUUUAGUUUUGGUCAAAGCUCAAUCCUGCUGUGUCUUGGUUAUGUUUAAAGAGCUGCUUCACCUUCAUAGGACCAGGGGCUCCGGGCCAGGAAGGAUUUGCUCCGAGCUUGAACUGUUUUCUGUAAGGCCUAUUCACAUGCUUCUGUUUGCCACAUGUCUAUCCUUAUCAAAGCCGGAGCGGAAGCUCCUUGUUAUAGGAAGAAACUUCUCAAAGCCUCUUGCCUCAGGGAAAUGUUAUAUGGUGGAAAUCCUGUGCGUUUUGGUUUUCCCCACCUGCUUUUUUCAGCCCCACUAUUUUUUUUUCCUUUUGUGUUUUAACAAGAAAGAGAAACACAGCCAUGGCAAGGCCAAGAUCUACCAGCUGGGUGUCUCCCUGCCUUGGCUGGCGAUCAUUUUUGCUAGGUUUUCUUUUGCGGUGGGCAUGCGGACCACCGGUUGGCACUUAAAACUUAGAAGAGCAGCAGUUUCUUUAUGUGCAGGAAGCGCUGCCAUUUAUUUUUGUGUGUGUCGUAGGGAAGGGAAGGGAGGGGGGAGGGAGGGGGCCUUUCUAGGUAACAAGGUGAGCGGAGGGGACAUUUAAAAAUGAUUAAUCUUGUAUACAGAAACAAAAUAAAAUUGUUUUUUCAGUUUCCAAAAAACACCCAAUGCAGCUUUUAUCUCCCUCUCUGUUUUGAAAGAAGGUGGUCAAGAGCCUGUUCUGCAAGUGGAGCUUGUUCCUGCAAAAACAGAUCAGGCGCCUGGCGAUGGGGUAAGGCCUCUGAGAGAUCUGCUGACAAUUGCAAAAGACAGGGCUAGAUUUGAUAAUUUAAUUAUCUAAAAGGAAACAAGGCGGCUUCCCAAGCAGUGUCAGGAAAGCUUUGGAAACUUCCAGAAGGCUGGAAAGCUGGCAGACGCACCCUUUCCAGAAACAUGUCUGCAGAGUUGGAUCCAAGCUGGAUACAUUCAAUUUCUGGUGGGACAAACUAAACACACCCCGGAAAGGUGACAUUCACAAGAUGCUGAAGUCUUGCCAUUUUUCUUCUGCUUAGAACAGCCUGUUAUGUGUCCUUUUGCAGAAAAAAUGUAGAAUACACAAACCACCAAUGCUUACAGUAAUGCCGUCUUAGGACCAUAUACAUGACUUAAAACGGACGUGAAUAAAAGGGAGCAUCAUUUCCUCAA